UGCCUGAUUUACUUACUGGUAUCGCCCCACCACAAAUAUUCUGAUCUAUUCUGUUUGGUUUUGCUUAUGAUAGAUUGAGCUGAGAUAAUUCUUUUUUUAACUUAAACAACAUGACGCUGCGACCUGAAAUACCACUACAACUGCAGGAAAACAUCCGCAAAUUAGUCGCUCAGGGGAAUCCCCUCGGAAUAAAUGUUCCAGGUGGAAUUGUACAAAGUACAGGACUCACUUUUGCAAAUCCGCUUCUGGCACUUCAUGGAUUUUGGAAGAGCAGAGUGUACGAGGUCCAUUGUAAUUGGUCUGAGGUGACUGAUUCUGUUGACGUCGAGAAACUCGACAAAAAAAACUUGUCGGCUGAGAAAGUUUACGAAAAGCAUGAGAUGCCCCCGUUUAAGCUCGGCGACAGAGUUAAAAUUGUCAGAAAGAAUAAACGACUUUUCAAGAUUUUGCACAAAAAAGUUGGCCUAUGGAGAGAAGGAUUAACUGAGUUGAUUGGUAAAGAAGCAAUUGUUAUGAACGUCUUGUCAAAAUUUGCUAUUGGAGUCGCCUUAACGGAAAGCGGAGAAAUGGCCCAGCUGCAUGGAUUUGCUAUUGAACUUGUGAAAAAUGGCAUCUACAAGGGACUUUGGCAAAAUAAUACGGAGUUUAAGGUGGACGAUGAGGUGGUGAUCGGAGUCGAAAGCGAAGUCUUGGCUCAUUUGCAGAGAACAGUCAGGAAAACGCCUCACCACAUCGCUACUCAGUUCAUCGGUUGCAUUGGUCGAGUGAUGUGCGUCUACAGAAGGGAGGUCGUUGUAACUUUCGAUGAAAUGCGACAUGAAAUGUUUAAUCCUGCUGCUCUGAAACUCUACAAAAAUAAAGAGAAAGGAGACAAAAAGAAGAUGGCUAAGAAAACAUCGAAAACUGAUAUAGAGGUUGGAAGUCACGCUUUUGUUAAAUCAGACCUUCGCAUGGUGAUGCGGCAGCAGAGGGGACACGGUGAAUGGCAUCUUGAAAUGACAAAGUUUAUCGGGAAAAGGGGCGACGUAGUGGACAACCUUCCAGGUGGAGAUGUGAAUGUCAAAUUCAAUACGUUUGAAAUUUACCGAAUGAACAGACAAAACUUGUACUUUGGGGACAAAAAGCGAAACCGGAGCGGAACAAAUCCGUCAAGCGAUGCUUUGAUUCCGUUUGUGGUUGGCGACAUCGUGCGACUAAAUAUCAACCCGGAUGACCUACAAAGCCACCUCCAACUUCUUCGAAUACCAGCUCAGUUUAUAACGAUUGUUGGAGAUCUGGCUGAGUUUAUUGGCUACAUUGAUGAAUUCAGAUGUGUUGUCAAGUUCGGAGAUGGCAUACAAUUCGAAUCGGGUGUCCAGUUACUGGCAAAGGUUACGGAUUUAGUUGCAAAAAUAGCCACCCAUUUGAAAACAGAAGAUCAGGCUAUUGGAGUGGGCAAGGAUGUUGUACUGUCUGUUGGUCCAGAAAGUUUCGUGAGAGCCUGUCUUAAAGAAUUCAAACCUGGAUUUGAAAAGGCUCUAAGCGAAGCUGCAAAGGUUGUUGGAUACGAUGAAAAUGGCAACGCUGUGAUUGAGUACUCAGAUGGUAAAAUGUACAAGCUCCCCGAUGAGUAUCUAUGCAGCCCGAGACCUCAGUGGUUGAAACAAAAUGAAGGAGGAGUUCUAACAUUUGAUUGGAAUCUCGAAGCUGGAGGAUUGGUUGCAAGCUGUAUAUCAGCAAUUGAGGCAAGCAUUCUUAACUCUGUCACAGAAGUUCUGAAAGCGAACGGAGAAAAAGAUGCAUUGAAUUGGAAAAGUUACGUCGUGAAGGAUGCCACAUCUGAGAAUACAAAAGUCAUAGAUUUGACGUUUCCCACCGAACUUAAAGAUUUUGACAAGUUUAAGGAAAGGUUCAUAAGUAAACUUCAACAUGAUGGAAUCCAUUCUCAAAUGGAAAAUGAAGUUCUUGUGAUAAAUACAAAUGGCCAAUUGUAUCAGCUUCGUUUCAAGUUUGGAUUUAAAGAGAAUGAUAUAGAAGACUUAGCAAGUAUGAUCGGAGGAAAUUCAGGAGGCAAAUCCCAACCAAAGCCCGCUGUAUUUGGAAGAUCUCUGUCUGUGACUGAUACGAUUUCUGAAUCUGAUCCGGCGUCAAAUCUGGCAACGCCAUUUGGUUCAGCGUCGACCAGCAUUCAAAUACCAGCAGGAGUGACCCAAGUGGUGCUGCAACUGGGCGGGAUCGGUCAAUUACCGGUAGCUCCUCCGGCAGCAGGCCCAGUUCAGGAGCCUCAUCAACAAGGAAACUUGUCCAUAAGUCCUGCUAAUUCAACAGUGAUUAAUAUGUACGGCGACGGUGAAAACAAAGUCAACAUAGAUAAGAGCUAUGUCCGCUCUGUUAAUGCGUAGAUCGAAGUGUCGUAUAGUUUUUAUCAUUGGUCUGUAAGAAAAAAAAAUUGGAGCAUUUUUUAAGUGAUAAUUUGUAAUGAACUUUCGCGCUAUGCGCUAUCCCCUUGUGACUCCGAAUAUAAAAAUAUUCAAUAUUUAUUGCACUAUUACACGUUUUACAUGCUAAUCUUGAAAUAAACCUCAAAAAAAGGUAG